AUAGAAAGGAUUUUGGAUUUCAAAGACUUCAGGCAACGCGGCGUCUAUCUCCUUCGACCGCAAGGAGCUAGGGUUUUUUUUAACAUCCUUCAAAUCAUCGAACUCAAAACCCAAAUUCAAACCGAUUCUUCACCCACCAAUUUCUUCCAUCAUCCUUACAGAAAAAACAAUUCAAAGAGCUUCAUUGUUGUUGCUAUCAGGGUUUUUUAAUCGGUAGGACAUAAAUAGAGAUAUUCAAAAGGGUAUAGAAUUAAUGGAUCAUCAUGGCGAUGUUGGAAUCCACCCUUACGUUAAUGGCGACGAUGAGCAACUACGGUUUGAUAACGUGAAUCAAAAUCAUGAAAAUUAUGAUGAUAAUGUAGAUGAUAGUGGUGGUGGUGGAGGCAAUGAGAUGAGGCAUUCAAUCAAUGACAGUAGUCGUGAAUCUUCAGCAGGAAAACUUUUUGUUGGAGGCAUUGCUUGGGAGACUUCAGAAGAAUCCUUCAGCAAUUACUUCAGCAAUUAUGGAGAAUUGACAGAUUCUGUGAUAAUGAUGGAUAAAAUUUCUGGUCGGCCUCGUGGGUUUGGAUUUGUAACAUUUGCUAACCCAGCGGAUGCUGAUAAAGUCUUGGAACAAGAUCAUGUCAUCGAUGGCAGACCAGUUGAAGUGAAGAGGACCGUUCCGAGAGAAGAUAUGCAGGUUAAUAGAGGGGUAUCGAGAACGAAGAAAAUCUUUGUUGGUGGGAUACCAUUGACUUUAACAGAAGAUGAGUUAAGGGAGUAUUUCUCUUCGUAUGGUGGUAUAAUUGAGCAUCAGAUUAUGCUAGAUCAUGUCACAGGACGAUCAAGAGGCUUCGGUUUUGUUACAUUUGAUAGUGAAGAAGCCGUGGAAAAGAUAUUUGCCGAUGGUCAACUCCAUGAACUUGGAGGCAAACGAGUGGAGAUAAAGAGGGCGGAGCCAAAAAGAGCUGGCGGUGAUUUCCCAUUUGACAACCAGGGGCGGCGUGGUGGUGGUUCCAAGUCGUAUGGCGGUUUUGGUAGGGGUUCAGGUGGAUAUGGUGGAAAAGCGGAUAGAGGGUAUGAUGAUUAUGGGGGUGGAUAUGCUGGUUAUGACAGUUAUGGGGCCGGCUAUGGAGGUGGCUCUGCGGGUUUCUACGGUGGUUAUGGUGGAUAUGGGUAUGGGUUUGGGUUUGGUGGGCCUAUGUACGGUGGUGCUGGAUUUGCAGGUGCUGGUUAUGGUGGUUAUGGUGGGCCUGCUGGCUAUGGGGGCGGUAGGGCUUAUGGAAGCGGUAGUGGUUAUGGUGGUAAAGGAUUUAGUAGGGGUGGUGGUUCUGGUGGAUAUGGAUAUGGGUAUGGGUAUGAUGGUAGUAAAGGGUAUGAUAACAGUGGUGGUGGCGGCAGCAGUGGCGGCGGCAGUGGUGGUGCUAGGUUUCAUCCGUACAGGAAGUAAGACUAUAUUAUAUAUAGCUAGAUGACAUGAAAGUUGGAGCUUUUGGGUUUCUGUUAUGCUUUUCGUGUUAUGUGAAUUUUCUUGAAUUGUAUUCUAUUAGCAGUAACCGAGAGAUUGAUUGAAGGAGGUCGAAUUGUACCUUACGGAAGUAUAUUUUCUGACGAGUUCGUGAAACCAUGCUCUGGUUUCUAUGCCUUCGCCC